AUGGAUUUUUCGAUCUGCUGCCCAAAGUAUGAUUUCCAAACGAAAAAGAAAAGCAACAUUGUUCGUCAUCUGAAGAAUGUUCAUCAUCUGACUGAAGCUGAAGUCAAUGAAUUCGACAAACGAAUUGUAUCUAAUAAAGCACUAGAAACUCACGGAACUGGUGCCUUCGCAUGUGGUUACUGUAGCCACACUGUCGCAACGAAGAAUGGCUUGGAGACACAUAUCCGCAGAAAGCAUCCGAAACCAUUGCUCAAUCCGGCAAACAUCUCGCUGUCAAUGUCACCACCAAGUCAAGCUCCGCCUCUAAAGAAAAUUCAUCUGGCUAAAUCUACUAAAUCUCCAAUUCUGGUACGUCACCAUGUUGCUGCUCCAGAGUCGAGUUGGCAUCGAAUCAGAGAAGAAGACACGUGCGGACAAUCCGAAACAGCCGUAACAAUGAUGGAGUCAUCUCAAGCUAUUGGAACUGUAAACAUGAAGGAUCUUUCCAAUCAGAAGCCAAAGAAGUGA